CUGGCCAACAGUUGGAGCUCACACAUUUUCAUCAGCUGCUACUGCGGGAUUAAUGUUUCCCCAGUGUACAUCUGACAGCAGAUUUGGUCUGUGGUUAGAUGUUCGUUUGCGUAGAUAUGGACAUUGGCAUUUCUCUUUACGGAUGUCUUAUCAUAAGAUAGUGCACAAUUCGAACAACGAAAGAUACGUCUGUGGCAGGAUAAGAUUAGUACUUUAUCUCUUCGACAGUAAGAGCAUUUUAAAAGCCAGAAGCUGAUUUGUAGAUCAUUUAGCGGACAGUGGUGAAUUCGUAUGCGCAUUGAUUACUAUUGUUUCUCUGUUUUAUAAGUCCUAAAAAUUAAGCGUAAAUAUGCCGCUGUUCAAACCAAAAAAUCCAAACAAGAAAGGACAUUCAGUGGAAAGUAAUAAUGAGAAUCAGAACGAAAGUGCUUUAGCUCAACAAAACGGAAACAGAGCGACCCAGAAGCCGGCGGAUCCCAACGUUGGGAGACCCAAACUUGUGUUCCAUUGUCAGCAAGCCCAGGGAAGUCCUACCGGACUUAUUUCUGGUUUUUCUAACGUCAGGGAGCUCUACCAGAAGAUUGCGGAGUGCUAUGAAUUCCCAGUCGAAGAUAUCCUGUUUUGCACACUGAAUACCCACAAAGUAGACAUGUCGAAGUUACUUGGGGGCCAGAUUGGUUUGGACGAUUUCAUAUUUGUACAUAGAAAAGGAAGACCUAAAGAAAUAGAAAUCACAAAGACAGAAGAUGCACUGGGCCUAACAAUUACUGAUAAUGGAGCUGGUUAUGCAUUUAUAAAGAGAAUCAAGGAAGGCAGUAUUAUUGAUGGCAUAAAUGUGAUACAGGUUGGUGAUCACAUUGAGAAGAUAAAUAAUGAGAAUCUGGUUGGUCGAAGACAUUUUGAAGUGGCAAAGAUGCUAAAAGAAAUUCCAAAGGACACAACAUUUACACUAAGACUUGUUGAGCCAUUGAAGGAUGGAUUCACUCAUGUCGGACCACAUGCUGAUCGUCGGAAGAACAAGAAACCUGCAUUUGGCUCUGGGAAAGAAACAAUAAGGUUCAGUGCUAAUGGACCAGCCCAGAUUCAGCCAGAGCUUGAUGAUGUAGCUAAAGUAGCUAUUGACAAAAUCAACAGUCUACUUGAUUCAUUUAUGGGCAUAAAUGAUGCUGAACUUGCUACUCUGAUAUGGGAACAAGCUCAAGGAAAAGCCAACAGUAUGGAUUUUGCUGAAGCAGUUGACAACUCAGAACUUGAAGAAUUUGGGUUUUCUGAUGAUUUUAUCAUCGAGCUUUGGGGCGCAAUUACUGAUGCACGUUCUGGUCGCCUGAACUGAACAGUAAAAACUAACUCUUUAUGUAUGUAAUAAUGUAAGUUUUAAAUUUAAAAUUUGUAAAAUAUGAAGGAUUACUGAGCAGUAUCAUAGUAACCUACAGCACUUAUUUCUUGUAAGCCCACAAUGGGUUCCAUUGUAAUGGUCAAUUUGAAAAGAGCAGCUGAAAAGCAUAAACAUGUAAAAUGUUAUUCUAUUUUUAACAGUUGGCUUGAGAUGUGGCAUAUUAUUUACACUGAAUCAGAAUUACGGUCUCCUUUGUUGAUAUUUUCUGUUACCUUGAAUCUACUUGCUACAUGCCCUGUUUUAUAUAGAAGUAUAUUUUAGUUAUUUCCAGUGUGAUGAACUUUAUUUAUAUGGCAUUCAUGGAGCAUAAGAAACUCAAUGUUAUUUAUUCCCACACAUAAUGAUCCCACAAUUUACAUUUGACAGGUCUUAUUGAGGAAAACUGUAGUCUUGUCACCAAGACUUGUUUAUAAAAUACACAUGAAAAAUUUAAAUCUUAAAGAACAUCAUUCAUUCAGUAGAGUGUGUUGUUGUUGUUUGUUUGUGUGUGUGUGUGUGUGUGUGUGUGUGUGUGUGUGUGUGUGUGUGUGUGUGUGAGGGGGGGAGAGAGAGAGAGAGAGAGAGAGAGAGAGAG